UCUAAGUGGGCUGUUUCCCCGCACCUCUGGAGGUUUAAGCUAAGGGAGAUGCUGCGGUUCUACCUGCGCUCGGCAGCUCGCUCCGGGCCCCGCCGCGCCGCGCCGCCGGGCCCCAAAUGGAUUAUCUGCGGCUGGUGCUCUCCUGCCUCGUCCCCCUGCACGGCUGCCUGGCCGCCGGCAGUGCCCCAGAGCUCCUCCUAGCCGGCAAGCUCAGCGAGUAUGGUGUGAUCGUCCCCUUCAGCGCCGAUUGCAGGGGUCGCUUCCUUUCCCACGUGGUGUCCGGGGAGGCGGCCGUGACGGUGGGCACCGGCCAAGCCGCCUGUGCCCCGUCCCCGCGUCCGCCCCACCGCCGCAUCCCACGCAGCCCCCUCGAUGAGUCCCCCCGGGGCCGUGGGGCUGCCGGCCGUUUGCUCUACUUCAAUGUCACCGUUUUCGGGACGGAGCUGCACCUCCGGCUGAGGCCAAACCGGCGGCUGGUGCCGCUGGGCACCGUGGCUGAAUGGCAGGAGGAUUUCGAGGUGCUGUUCCGGGAACCCCUCCAACAGCGGUGCCUUUUCACCGGCGACAUCUCUGGCAUGCCCGGAGCCGCUGUGGCCAUCAGCAAUUGCGAUGGACUGGCUGGCUUAAUUCGGACAGACAGCAAUGAGUUCUUCAUCGAACCCUUGGAGAGAGGGCAGCAGGAGAUGGAGGAGCACGGGAGGGCCCACGUGGUGUACCGCCGCUCAGCCAUCCGGCAGGACAGCGCCCAGCCCCGCCACGACCUCCACCCUGAAGUGCCUGGCGUGCAGGUGGGAGACCUCCCCAACUCCCUGGAGCUGAUGGCGGAGCGGCUGGGUGAGGCAGAGCGCAAGAGACGCCAUGCCAGGAAGGAUGACUACAACAUCGAGGUCCUGCUGGCGGUGGAUGACUCAGUCGUACGCUUCCACGGGAAGGAGCACGUCCAGAACUAUGUCCUCACCCUCAUGAACAUAGUGGAUGAAAUUUACCAUGAUGAGUCCCUGGGUGUUCACAUCAACAUCGUGCUGGUCAGGAUGAUCAUGGUGGGGUACCGCCAGUCAGUCAGCCUGAUCGAGCGGGGGAACCCUUCGCGGAGCCUGGAGCAGGUGUGCCGCUGGGCUCACUCGCAGCAGCGCUCCGACCCCCAGCACGCCGAGCACCACGACCACGCCGUCUUCCUCACCAGGCAAGACUUUGGUCCCGCAGGUAUGCAAGGCUAUGCACCGGUGACAGGGAUGUGCCACCCACUCCGCAGCUGCACCCUCAACCAUGAAGAUGGCUUCUCCUCAGCGUUCGUCGUUGCCCAUGAGACUGGCCACGUAUUAGGCAUGGAGCACGACGGGCAAGGCAACCGCUGUGCUGAUGAGACCAGCAUGGGCAGCAUCAUGGCACCGCUGGUCCAGGCUGCCUUCCACCGCUACCACUGGUCGCGCUGCAGCAAGCAGGAGCUCAACCGCUACAUCCACUCCUAUGACUGCCUCUUGGAUGACCCCUUUGAGCACCAGUGGCCUACCUUACCAGAGCUGCCAGGCAUCAACUACUCCAUGGAUGAGCAGUGCCGCUUCGACUUCGGCGUGGGCUACAAAACAUGCACAGCUUUCCGCACCUUUGACCCCUGCAAGCAGCUAUGGUGCAGCCACCCAGACAACCCCUACUUCUGCAAGACCAAGAAGGGGCCACCACUGGAUGGGACAGAGUGCUCUCCAGGCAAGUGGUGCUUCAAGGGUCACUGCAUCUGGAAGACCUCAGAGCAGCCCUACAGCCAGGAUGGCAGCUGGAGCUCCUGGUCCAAGUUUGGCUCGUGCUCCAGGACCUGUGGGGGAGGCGUGCGCUCGCGCAGCCGGAGCUGCGACAACCCACCCCCGGCGUACGGUGGCCGCCACUGCCCGGGAGCCACCUAUGAGUACCAAGUGUGCAACACCGAGGAGUGCCCAGGGCCCUUCCAGGACUUCCGUGCCCAGCAGUGCUCCAAGCGCAACUCCUACUACACCCACCAGAGCAGCAAGCAUUCCUGGCUUCCUUACGAGCAUCAUGAUGAUGCUCAGAAGUGUGAGCUGAUCUGCCAGUCUGAGGGAACAGGAGACGUAGUCUUCAUGAACCAGGUUGUCCAUGAUGGUACCCGCUGCAGCUACCGAGAUCCCUACAGCGUCUGCGUCCGGGGCGAGUGUGUGCAUGUUGGCUGUGACAAGGAGGUUGGCUCCCUGAAGCAGGAUGACAAGUGUGGGGUCUGCGGCGGGGACAACUCCCACUGCCGGACGGUGAAGGGCACGCUGGCCAAGACCCCCAAGCAGCCAGGUGUUUUGAAGAUGUUUGAGAUUCCAGCUGGGGCAAGGCACCUUCAGAUAGAAGAGAUGGAGCCAGCAUCCCACAGCAUCGCUGUUAAGAAUCAAGCCACAGGUAACUUCAUCCUUGAUGGCAUGGGCAAAGAAGCCAAAAGCCAAGUAUUCAUUGCGAUGGGCCUGGAGUGGGAAUACAACAUUGACCAUGGCAAGGAGAGCCUGAAAACCAGUGGCCCUCUGCAUGAGGCCAUCAGUGUUUUGGUCAUGCCUCAGGAGGAGGAGGUGAGGAGCAGCCUGAUGUACCGGUACAUCAUCCACGAAGACCUGCUGCCCAUGAUCGGAAACAACAACGUCCUGCUUGAGGAGAUGGAUUCCUACGAGUGGGCCCUCAAGAGCUGGUCUCAGUGCUCCAAGGCGUGUGGAGGAGGCAUCCAGUACACCAAGUACGGCUGCCGGCGGAAGAGCGACAGCCGCAUGGUGCACAGGAACUUCUGUGACAGCGGCAAGAAGCCGAAGCCCAUCCGGCGGCGCUGUAACCUCCAGGAGUGCUCCCAGCCCAUGUGGGUGGCAGAGGAGUGGGGCGCCUGCAGCAGGUCCUGUGGCAAGCUGGGGGUGCAGGCGCGGGCAGUGCAGUGCGUGCAGCGCCUGCAGGAUGGCACCAACCGCACCCUGCACACCAAGAACUGCCCCGGGCAGCGCCCCGAGGCGCGGCGGCCCUGUGCCCGCGCCCCCUGCCCCGCGCAGUGGCGGACAGGCGCCUGGUCCCAGUGCUCAGCCAGCUGUGGGGAAGGCGUCCAGCAGCGGCAGGUUGUGUGCAAAGGCAGCGAGAGCGGCGGGCGCUGCGAGGGUGACAAGCCGGAGGCUGUCCAGGGCUGCCACGUGGCCCUGUGUCCAGGGAAGCUCUCUGGCAUCACCACCAAUGCUGACUCCGGUGACCACAGCAUAUCCAAAGGGCAGCAGGUGCCUCAGGAUGGAGCCAAAAACCCUGUCAGCAAGAUCUCAUCCAGAGAGCCUUGCCUGGGGGACAAGUCCAUCUUCUGCCAGAUGGAGGUCCUGGCUCGCUACUGCUCCAUCCCUGGCUACAACAAGCUCUGCUGCGAGUCCUGCGGCAAGAAAGCCACCUCUGCCACCGGCUCGCCCCCUGCCGCUGGCCCCAGCGCUGCCACCGCAACCAAUGGGCCCAGCCCCACUCUGCCACUCUCCCCUGGCCCCACCAUCCCUGUGCAGGGACCCGCUGGGGACCUCACCCCAACGCCUGAGGCCGGAGGGCUUCUCGACUCCGGUGCUUUCCCUGGGGGGCUGCCAGCCCCGAGUGAGCCAGCCAGGGGCCAGGCAGCCAGGUAACCUGCUGGGCACCACCUCACCGUGGGGCAGGGGAAGCCUUUCACCUCCUUCCCUCUCCUCCUCCGCCUCCACCUCCUCCUCCUCCCUUGCUCUUUCCUCUCCUCCCCACCUCCAGUGGUGGUUUUCACAGGUGGCACAGCCAGGUUUGGAAAUGACUCAUCCAGAAAUUCCUGGGAAAAGGACCUCUUUUUUUUUCCCCUCACAUUCCCUCCUACCCUCCCAGCUGUGGGAUGGUUUGGGGAUUUGUUUUUGACAGCAUCACAGAAAAGCAAGUGAAAAGCAGCAAACCCCAGCAGCAGCAGCAGCAGCAGCUCUGCUGAAGGUAGAUGAGCUGCUUCCUCCCGAGGUGCUACAAAGAUUUGGGAGGAGGAGCUUUCGUGUUGCUUUUGCCUUCCCCCUGCCCCCGAGCAGCAACACCAAAUGUGCUGGAGAGGAGGUUCUUGGCUCAGUGGUCCAGCCCUGGACACUUGGUGGUAGCAGUGGGAGGUGCUGGGAACUUGAGUGCGGGCAAGCAGCUGGAGGAAGGUGUUGAGGUGGUGAUCUGGAAGGUGUCUGCCAAUCUCCACAGGUCUGUCAUUCUAUGAAGUUCCUUUUUUAAAGUUGGGGGGUGGGGAAAUGUGGAGAAAUGCCCAAACUGCCACCCUGGGCUGUCCCUGUUGGGGUGGAGAGUUUGGGAAACAUGUCUGGGGGUAAAAUGGAGCAUGAAGACAUGGCCCAGCUUCUCUCCUGUGUUGUGGGAUCAGCUGGUGGUGGUCCAGGCAAUUCUACCAUAAGAGCAAAGUCAAAGACCUAAAAUCCACCUCUCACCUGAUGGUGACUUCUGAGCCACCAACCUUGAGUUAAUAAUCUCCAACCCCAAGCUCUCCAGGCUCAUCAGCCUGAUCCCUGCACCCUCACAGCUGUUGCCUAUGGGCCAGCAAUGCCUGUUGGAGGCAAAUGGCGAUGACUGGGAAGCUGGGAAUGGAUUUCAGGGGCAGUUGCAGAGGAAGGAGAGAGGAAGGGAGGUGUUGAACAGCGUUCAGUAAUUCUUGUGCCAAGUACUAAAUCUAUGCACAGCACUUUAGGAGCCUAGGGCUGCCUGCAGCUUGCUUGGUGUGCAGGCACAGGCUCUACCUGGAGGAAGCAGAGCUCUCAAAACCUCUCCAAAGCGGGGUCAGGCAGCCUGUCAUGUCCCCAAGGGGUGUCACUGUGGGGGGCUGACAUAAUUUUGGUGCCUGGGGGGGAAUUAACACCCCCAGAUGUGGUCCAGGGGAAGGUGGGCUUCUGGGUGGGUUAGGUGCUGGCAGGGAGGAGGUUCUGAGGAUGGAGAGGUGGAGUCUGAGGAAGGCAAGGCUUGGCAGGUGGACCAGUUUGGCAUUGCAGCAUGGGAUCUUUUGGGAACAUGGGCAUGGUGUGGGUGCAGCUGCUGGCCCUGCUGUCUUGGUCGUAUGAUGAGCAAGGGUGGGACAUCUGGGGCAGUGUCUGGGAAGCUGUAGGUGUCUGGGGCUUGCUGGUGAGGGCACCCACGGUACUUGGCACAUACUGGGAUCAUUUCAGUGCCAUCAGUGCCAGGACAGAGCACUGCAUUGAUGCAACUGCAAGAAACUUGAGGUUGUGGCAUCUGGAGGAGCUGCUGUCAGUGUGUUGCUUGUCCUUGGCCCUUGCUGGUCUGGAGUGGGCUGCAGCAGGGGAGAGAUUGAGGUACAUGCUUUAAUUGACUUAGGGAGUGUCCUUCUCUGGAGAGAUUCCAAACCCACCUGGAUGUAGCCUACUGUGGGGGACUCUGCUUUAGCAGCUGGGUUGGACUGGAUGGUCUUCAGAGAUCCCUUCCAACCCCUGCCACUCUCUAAGGGAUUGGAGGGAUGCCUACAAACUGCUGCCUGGGUGUGGCCCUGAGUAGCCUACUGUGGGUGACCCUGCUUUAGCUGGUGGGUUGGACAGGAUGGUUCCAACCCCUGCCACUCCCUGAGGGAUGCCUACAAACUGCUGCGGUGCAAGACCUCCCAUGGGAUCAUUGGGGUGCUUGUGUGGGUGUACCAAGGUUAGGAUUCAUCCCCCCAGGCUGCUGACACCACCUCUGUGCCCCCUGGCCAGCCCAGCCACCAGUGCUGCCCUCCAGGAGAGUGCCAGCCUUUAUUUAUUGUGCCAAAGAUAACGCUCCGGUUACUCUUCCAAGGAGCAAGUGAUGCUGAGGGUCAGGGUUUAAUGGCAGCAGCCUAGCAGCAGUGGUGGAGUUGUGAGCUCUAGUGGUGGGGGUUGUGAGCUCUGAGUGAGUGGUUGGACCUGAUGAUCUCAAAGGUCUCUUCCAGCCUCAAUGGUUUCUGCAGUCUCUGUGUUCAGGCUGUGCCACAGCCCUUGCCCACUACUGGGAUAGUGCUGGGCUGGCUCGGGGCAGGACUUGAGCUUUUCCUUGCCCCAGUCAAGGCUUUCCUCCAGCAUUCAGCUCCUUGCCCUGUAGCUUUGGAGGCACUGGCUAAAACCAAAGCCUUCUCCCUGCCUCACAGAUGGGCUUUGAUGUCUGCAGCAUGCAGGCUUAGGUGCUUGUGUGCUCGCUCACCCCUUCCUCCCGAGCUCUUGGCUGCCUCCCCCUCCCUUUGGUGCUGCCCUGGGCAUUAGUGCUUUAUCACAGUAGCAAUAUUUGCAGUGGUUCCUUCAGCUAUACCUCGGAGGAGAGCUGUGGCUCCCCUUCUGCACCCCCAGCCAGGAUCUCCCAGGGCUGGUGGGGUGGUGGUGGUUUGGGGCAAGGGAGCUACGUUGCAGGUGCUAACCCUGGCUUCCAGCCCGGAGAGGAGCGGAGCGAGAUUUUGAGCAGGGUGCCAACCCCCUCCUUCUGCCAGGGGUGAGUGAUGCCACAGGGCUGGCACCCAGCAUUUUGGGCAGGCUGUGGCUCGGGGAGGCAGUGAUGCCACGGCCCAGCUGCCAGCAGGAAUUUGCUCCAGUCUCUGGGAGGAGAGGCUGCAUCUUAAUCCCCUACAUCCUCCUGGGUUGGAUGCCCCAAGUCCUUGUUGGGCUGUAACCUUGUGUCCAGGUGUUACCAUGAUGUAUAAAGUUUUGUACAUACCAGAUUCAGAGCUUUUUAACUUUUAAUAUUUAUUAAUUUGGGUGGGUUCUCUCUCUCUCUCUCUCUCUCUCUCUUUUUUUUCCCCUCCCCUUUUAUUUUUUUUUCCUUUUUGAACUCUAACAUAAUGUAAAAAACAAAAAUAAAUCCACAUCAAACUUCUCUGA